CUCGUUCGAACAGGAAACAGGCGGCAAAUCCACUCGAGCAGGAGAUCCUGGAGCGACCUCAAGGAUAACGGCUGGGUCGGUGUCGCACUGGACGCCACUUUGGGCGACGAAGGCAGAGUUGUGGUUUGCGGCCACCUUUGGAAACAGCAGCGAAGUGAUCGAAACUCCGAACCAGACUUUUACGCUGUGAAUGGCAUCUGCUACUGGAUGUACGCACGAGACAUUUCGAAAGCGGAUACUGCAAAUGAGCUCAUUCCUUUGACUGACAUAUCCUUGCAGACAGUGGAAAUAUUGGGGAGAUCGGAGUACGUUUAUGCACUGGGACAAGUUGGGAUUGCGGUGCACUUCCCGAAGGGUAACAAUCAGUUGCUGCUUGGAGCUCCUGGGGUUUACUCUUGGCGAGGGACCGUGGUUCGUCUGAGAGAUAGAGUCGCAGCUAACGAAAUUCCGAACAGGCGGAAACGAGAGGCGAACCACACAUCGAAUAUUUUCUACGACCCCGACUUUGACGAAUGUGACGGUGACCUCUUGAACUGCAAUAACGACCAGGACUGGUUGUCUCAAGAGAUGACCCCACAUGUAGUUGAGAAACGACAAUCGUCAAGAGUAUUUCCUUUUGCCGACACUAUUGUCCCGCAUCUUCUGUUCACUGAAUCGGUGGUCCCUUCAAGUUACUGGGGAAAACAAGGUGAAUGUCCCAUAAGGCAAUCGAGGCCCUGUAAGUUGAGGUACAAAAGAAUUUUGUACGUCGCCGGAGCCCCGAACGCCAAUUCCACUGGCAGGGCGUACAUUUUCAAUUAUCAGCCGAACGGGAAUAGCCAAAGCCCGCUGGAAAUCUUCUGGACCUUCAAAGGUCGACAGCUCGGGGAAUUUUUCGGGGGAGCAGUUGCUGCAUUGGACAUCAACAACGAUGGUCUGGACGAUUUGGUUGUUGGUGCACCGAUGUAUUCCAUUCCCAGUGACACUUCGCAAUUUGCGGAAGAUUCAUUAUUCCCUGAUCAAGGCAGAAUUGCUGUUUAUAUCAAUAAUGGAUUGGGCUUUGAGGACAUUGCGUCGCAGCAAUUUUUCGGUAGCCGAACUGCAAAUGCUCGCUUUGGAACGACUUUGUCUGCUGUUGGUGAUAUCAACCGUGACGGAUUCGAUGAUUUGGCGGUUGGAGCGCCUUACGAAGAUGGCGUAGGAGCUGUUUACCUGUACCUCGGUUCACGCAACGGGUUCCGAAGCUCGCCGCAGAUAAUCCGUGCUUCUGUCCUGUCGGAUCAGCUCCGCGGAUUUGGCAUCUCCAUUUCCCGCGGUGUCGACAUGGAUCACAACAGUUAUCCAGAUAUUGCAAUUGGUUCUUUUGCGUCCGGACAUGCUGUCGUUUUGCGUUCGAGUCCAGUGGCAAGGAUCACUGGCACGAUUACAGCGACUCCGGAAAAACUUCCCAUUAGUUCCACGGAAUUCGCGAUCAAGGUUUGCCUGCUGUACACUGGCAAUGACGGACCAAAGCGACAAGAGAUCGAUGUGACACUCACUGCGGAUAUGGAACGUCAAUCUCCCCGCGUGUUCUUCGCAACAAACACAACGAACGGAAGCCGACAAAAUCGAGCCGAACAUUCGUACAAACGAAGUUUGACGAAAGACGUACGAGCCUGUGACGAUUUCGUCCUUAAUUUUGUGCCGAACAUUGCCGACUUCUCGAAGGCUCUGGCAAUUACUCUUGAUUUCAAGCUGAACGAAGAAAUUUUGCAAAUUGGGCGCUCUGCCAAUCAAUUGAAGUCUCGACCGGUUUGGAUAAAAAAUGAUCGCACUCGGGACGGUGCUGGUGGACAGCGACGCGGUAAACGACGAGUAGGUGGACAAUUGAAAGCUUUCUGCAACGAAUGCGCCAUGUUGGACCCAAUUGAUGUGUCUCGUGUCACUGCAACCGUACCUUUCAUCAACGGCUGUGGUGACGACGAUAUUUGCACCACAGACCUUUCAGUCACUGCUGCAUGGGAAAAUAUUCCAGAGAAGUUUGUAGUUGGAUCAGUCGAGACGGCAAGGUUGAUCUUUCGGGUGUCGAGUUCGGUUGAACCAGCCUAUGGACCUAUUCUCACCAUAAGUAUGUCGAGGUUCCUUCGACAACGUUUUCUACCUUCCAGUUGUAGCGCAGACUUGAGCAUUGAAGAUCGCAACAUUUUGGAAUGCAGACUUCCUGGACCUAUCGAUAAAGGCAAAACGGCGGAGUUGACAUUAGACAUCGGAAUGGACAAGUUACGUGGGUACAUGACGGAAGUUGACAUCAACGUGACUGCCUUUUCGAUCAGUAACGAAAUUAAUCCCGCAAACAAUUUCAUUAACAUCACUUUGCCUCUGGAAGCACAAGCGGAUAUUUUCGUCACAGGGAGUUCAAAGCUUGGUCAGCAUUAUUAUUCGUUAGACGAAGCGCGGCCUCCACAUAGUCGGGGUUCGCCAAAUAUCAUCGACACAACGACGAAUUUUCAGGUUAUUAAACAUCUGGAUACACCAGUGGAAGAAAUCAUUUUGACCCUCUCGAUUCCUUAUUCAUUCACGAAUGAUGACGCGAAUUCUUCGAAAUUCUUGACUGUUUCACACGUCGGAGACCGAAAAUUCCCGUGCGAAAUUCAUCCCGUAUUGCAAGUUUCAUCUAAGCGAUCAAGAAGGAGCAUAGAUUCGGCCGCAAUUUUAGACGAUGUGUCGUCCGGAAAUGCAACUGCGGAAGCUCAGACACAAUUUUCUCUCUUAGCUGGGAAUAUUUCCACGGAACUAAAUUGCACAAACGGAGUUGUCCGCUGUGCAAGUAUCACUUGUCACGUGGGUCCUUUCAAAGAAGCAGGAUCUUAUGUUGACCUCUCAUUUCGGUAUCACAUCGACAUGAACAGAAUUGAGCCCAAAAUUGGAAAAAAUACGACCAUUGGACUGAAAACGACUGCCGAAGUGAAUUUUCAGGGGGAUUUAGCUGGAAUGUCCAAAGAGCUGGCUCAAUUUGACGAAAAGCCGAACAAAGCCGUCGUGCUGACGUUGUUGAUCGCGAAUCAAAUGCAGGAGACGCUGCCUCUGCAAUGGCUCGUUCUGGCCAUAGCCGGUGGCGUGCUGAUCUUGAUGCUCAUCGCUACGGGGCUGGCAAAGGCUGGAUUCUUCAAGCGUGACAAGAUGCAAGAAAUCAAAGACCGGAGAGCUGAAGAGGCUCUAUUGAAGAAUCACCGGCCUCCAUUAUCAGGGGCACAGCUUCUAGAAGCCGAGGGACCCAUUGAUGUCGGUGCCUCAAUCGUGAUCACGUGACCAUCUAACUAGAAGUGCUCAUUUUUUUGAGAAUUUUGGAUAAACAAAAAAGAUGCGAAGGAAUUUCAACGGUUGAUGCAGCGGAUUUUUCGCACGUUUGCUCGACAUUCCACUUCGUGUGGUGUGGUACGUUAGUUGAGCUGAGAGAGAGAAAAACGUCGCUUCGGAAGCUUCGAUUAAUGGUCAGUGUUGGCUUUUUUUUUUUUGGGUGCGCGAAAUGUUCGCUGCAUGAGCUAUUGCAAAUUUCGACGUUGUACCUUGUGAUGCUGAGAUUCGCGCGGCGUUCGUCCGUCGAACCAACGAUGCUUGUUGAUUCCUGAUCUUCCGUGUUUCCAAAGGAACGAUUCUUUCCCGAGUAGUUAUUAUUUAUCCUACGUUUACAACGGAAGGGAAAACGGGAAAUCGCCUUUUUUGGCAAGGCGGUAUCCCUGGAGGGCAUUUGAGAGGUUCGCGUUCCUUUCCGGUCGAUUUUUACGUUUUGAACUUCUUUUUUUUCGAGUGAGAGAGAUGAUGGGAUUGCUGAGCUUAUGAGAGUCGCUUUCUGGGAACGCCAUAGCGUUUCGUCGCAUUCGUUACCAUAUCGAAUUUUGUGCUCGGUUUCAAUGGUCAAGAGCAAAAGUUCGUUUCAAGUCGUUUUUUUUCUGGAACUCGUGAAGCCAAUUUCUCGCCGAAACGAAAUUCGAGUUCGUGGACUGCAGUGACAUUGAGAAUGUGUCGGAAAUAAUAAUGACGGGAUUCCCUUGCGAAAAGACAUGCUUAACAGCCGAAGAAUGUGAACGCGUUAGAGACAAUUUGCGCUGUUGAAUGUAAGAUUUUUUUUUCCCCAUCGUGUGAUUCAUACUUCGUGCUCUGAAUGAUCCGGGUGUCGCUGAAAAUGACAUGCAACAUUUUAUUCUUAUUCGUGAAAACA